AUGAGACUCAUCAUUCUAUUGCCCAUUAUUGCCACCGUUAAACUCUGCAGUGCGAUCUGGCCGUGGCGCCUGAGUAGCAGUGGAAGUUACGAUUUCGAAAACCCAGAGUCUUCAGAAAUAGAGGGUACUCCUGGUACACUUACGCUGCUUGAAGAUUCAGACAAUAAUGUAUUUGAGGGCGAGGGAGCCUCCGGAGGAGCCCACACCUCAAGGGAUUCCCAAGAUGAUGCAUGCACGGAGGAACGACGUUUCCGUGUUCCACCAGUUAAUCUGACAAGUCCCAUCACUAUAGAACUUGCGAAUCCUGACGAUGAGUACGUUAAAACUUGUCAGAAGGAGAGAGACGGUAUACUGUACCAGGGCUUCAAGUCUAAGGAUCCCUAUUACUUUUCGUCAAUUCGCGAAAGAGGAGUAGAAGUCUGGAGAGCCAGAAACGCUGAAAGGUGUACACUGAUCAAGCUAUACACAAAAGGCGAUCUCUCGAUGAUGUACCUCAACAUUAAUGAGUUUCAAGACUUUACUCCACUACACCUCGAGAAUGCCGGUGACGGAUGGAGAGUAGUUGACAAAGAGGAGUUUUUAAGGACAUUCAAUAGUUUGAGGGGAGAUUCAGCUGAUUCUCCUACUAGUUAA